AUGAGGACGGUGGCAUGCCAUCAGAUAACAUCGUUCAGGCGCCUGAUGACUAAUGUUUGCGGACUAAAACUUAAGAAUAGAAAAUUGUUAGCUAUACUGUUAUACUCAGACACUCAGUCAACAUCUGUAUUCAGCCCACGAGCCACGGUAUGGUAUAAUGCAAGAGGAAAGAAACAAGCAACGAGUAUUGAGGAAUCUCAAAGAUUGAUCGCGCUCUGCUGGUAUAAAUUGUAA